AUGAAGUCUGCUGUCGCACGGUACACGGCCAAGAUUGAUGUAUACGAGGAUUAUACCAGUCAUACUUGGGCAGGUGAUGGUAUUCUUGGCAAAGCUUUGAAGGACGUUGGAGUCGGCUUUACCCAGGCUUGGCCGACGUUUCAUGGUGAAAGUCCCUUUGAUAUGGACUACAAUGACUCUGUUACGGGGCCAGACCCUUCUCUAUGGUGCUACAAUGCCAUGACAUGGCAUCAUGUACCUCCGUCUGAGAUUCGUGAACUCGCCGAGUUUGAGGAUAGAUGGAACGUAGAGCACUCGGCGUUACUCCGUCACUCGGACGUUUUCCGCCAUCUCGUGAUGCCUAAACUCAGGUCUCAUUUGGAUGACUGGGACAAUCUGUCUUCCGACAAAGAAUCCUCGGACACGCUGCAAGGCUGCCGCAGCGCAUGCGAAAAACAGCCCAAUUGCUUCCAAUUCUCGUUCCGAAAUCAUACCCAAACAUGCAAAACUUCCUCCGUGGUAAAACUAGGUCGUCAGCAAAAGCAGAGAGACGGUGAUGCGAUAGAAGAGCAUAUAACAUCCGGCUGGAUAAUAGAUCGAGUAGAAGCAUUUGCAGCGGAGAUGGAUACAUACUGCCACGGAAACGGCUGGGUGAUAACUUAG